GUUAAAGAUUGCUCAAGUGAUGAAGAUUCAGCCUUUAAAGAUGCUAGCUUUGAAGGUUCGGAUCCGGAUGAAAACUAUGGCUCCCAUUCUAAAUUUUUCAAGGCUCAUUCUCCUACCCUUGUUGCUAUUGAGGCAAGGAAUCAGCCAAGUGUUGAGGAGCAAGAUAGUGGGAAGAUGAUUUCAAGGUUGGGUAAGCUCCCAAAAAGUCCACUUUCACCAUUAGCAACCGUUGGCACUUCUACUCCACUACUAGGAGACAAUGUUAGACCAACUAAUACUACUCAACCUCGCCUUCUUCCUCGACUCGAAUAA